UCGAUGCAUCGAUUUACUCACAUUUUUUGGGUGUUUUAAAAGCGUGAAAAAAACGCCUAAACAAGCCAAAACGGCUGCAUAUCAGGACCAAUAAGCGUAGUUAAUUAUUAAACGCAACUGCUGCACUAGAAGGUAUUAUCAAUCGAGGACGACAACCGCAAUAAAAAGGCUCAGCGACAAAGAGUGUGUUAUUGGACAACGACUGAAGAGGCUGUGGUUGUAUGAGAAGGGUGGUGGCGGAGAGUGAGCUACGUGCUUGUGUAUGUGUGUGUACGUGUGCCUGUGCCUGUGUGUGUGAGUGUGUGGGCAGAAGUUGUGGCUGUGGAGCGGAGGCGGCGUUAGCGGCAGGUUUAGUUGGAGCAGAGCAGAGCAGAGCAAACACAGAACCACGAUUUUAAGCAAAAAGUGAAAAAGUUCAAAUAUUAAAGUUGAUUAAACACAGCACUUGAACAACAACAACAAUAAUAAUAACAACAACAACAAUAAAACAGCGGUUGAACUGCUUUUGUGAAUAACAAGCGACGACCGCGCCCUAAUGUCAAAUAGCCAAGUAAAUGCCGGCAGCAGCGGUAGCAUCGUGGAUGAAACGAAUCCCAAUCCGAGUCCAAAUGCAGCUAACCCGACACAGGGCGCCGGCGCCAUCGCCGCCACCGUCAGCGGCAUCAACUUGACGACUGCAUCGAGUACAUCUCAGUCCUCCUCAGUGCUGCCGUCGUCUGCAGCUGUAGCCGGGUCCGCUGCACCGCACAUAGUGGGAGCCUCAACCACAACAGCAACUCCAGUUGAAGGAGCUGUUCCCAAUUUGGCUGUGGACUCAUCGCCGCGCGAGUCUGGCGAUGACUCAGAGGAUGAGAGUGAAAUACUGGAAGAGUCGCCAUGUGGACGAUGGCUGAAGCGACGCGAAGAGGUGGAUCAGCGCGAUGUGCCCGGUAUCGAUUGUGUGCAUCUGGCUAUGGACACCGAGGAGGGUGUUGAGGUCGUUUGGAAUGAGGUGCAAUAUGCGCAGCUGCAGGAGCUCAAAACGCAGGAGGACAAGAUGCGUCAGGUGUUUGACAAUCUGCUACAGCUGGACCAUCAAAAUAUUGUCAAGUUCCAUCGGUAUUGGACGGACAUUCAACAGGCAGAGCGACCGCGCGUCAUCUUCAUCACGGAGUACAUGUCGUCGGGUUCACUGAAACAGUUCCUCAAGCGCACCAAGCGCAAUGCCAAGCGAUUGCCGCUUGAGUCAUGGCGUCGAUGGUGUACACAGAUCCUGUCCGCGCUCAGUUAUUUGCAUUCCUGCACGCCUCCCAUCAUUCAUGGCAAUCUAACCUGUGAUAGCAUUUUCAUACAGCACAAUGGCCUGGUCAAAAUUGGCUCUGUGGUCCCGGAUGCGGUGCAUUAUAGCGUGCGACGUCAGCAUCUUGAUCAACUGGAGCAGAUGCCCGAACGGUCAACAGAACGGGAACAGGAGCAGGAGCGUGGCGGUCACUAUUUCCAUGCCCCGGAAUAUGGAGCGGCGGAUCAAUUGACCGCCGCCGUUGACAUAUACGCCUUUGGCAUGUGCGCCCUAGAAAUGGCCGCUCUGGAGAUACAGCCUCAAUCCAGCAACAGCGAAUCGACUGCCAUCAACGAGGAGACCAUACAGCGCACAAUCAAUAGCCUGGACAAUGAUCUGCAGCGGGAUCUAAUACUGAAAUGUCUUAAUCCGCAACCGCAGGAUCGACCAAGUGCCAGUGAUUUGCUGUUUCAUCCACUGCUCUUUGAGGUGCAUGCAUUAAAAUUACUGGCCGCCCACUGUCUGGUCUUCUCACCCGCCAAUAAAACCAUGUUUUCCGAGACAGCCUUUGAUGGUCUGAUGCAGCGCUAUAAUCACCCGGAUGUGAUUAUGGCGCAGCUCAAAAUGUCCGGCAGCAAUGAGCUCCAAUUUCGACUGUCAGAUGUGCCUGGCGCCGACAAGCUGGAAAAGUUUGUGGAGGACGUGAAGUAUGGUGUCUAUCCUUUAGUUACGUACAGCGGCAAGAAACCACCACAUUUUCGUUCCCGCGCCGCAUCUCCCGAACGCGCCGAUUCCGUUAAGUCGGCUACUCCGGAGCCUGUGGACACCGAGUCGCGCCGUAUUGUGAACAUGAUGUGCAGCGUGAAGAAACUAAAGGAAGAUAGCAACGAUAUUCUGAUGACAAUACUGUUGCGCAUGGACGACAAAAUGAAUAGGCAGCUGACGUGUCAGGUGAACGAGGAGGAUACGGCUGCCGAUUUGACCAGCGAAUUGGUGCGCCUGGGAUUUGUGCAUCUGGACGAUCAAGACAAGAUCGAGGUACUACUCGGAGAGACACUGCGAGCAGGCGUCCUAAACGAUGGCGCUGGCUCGGAAAGCUCCGGCGCCGGUGUAACCACAACGGCAACGAUGGCUGCAUUGGAGCAACUAGAGCGCAAUUGGUCAAUUUCUGAUGCUGACAAAACGAUGACAAGCAGUAUGUCUGUGAACACAUCUCCCAGCUCUGCGGUGAUGUAUGUGCAACAGGGACAGGCUGAUGCCGAGGGAGCGCAGAACUACAACAGCCACAGCCACAGCAAUUGAAGAUGAUGAGAGUAUUCGGGCAAAGCCGACGGGGUGCGCAUUGUUUUUAUUAAUGGAAAAAUAACACACUACGAUUUUAUUGCUACUAUUAUUUUUGUUAUUUUUAUAUACUUAUAUAUAUAUAUGUAUGUAUUGCAUAUGUACAUGUCUAUAUAUAUAUACAUAUAUAUAUAUAUAUGUGUGUAUGUAUGUAUGUAUUUGAAAUAAUAUUUAUGUAUGUAUGUAUAUUUAAACGAUGUUGUAACAGGCUUCCAGGCUAGAGAUUUUCAAGAUGUGUAUCCUCCUACACUCAUUCUCACCUACACACACACAUACAGACACUGACACACACGCAGCUGCUGUAACUCGUAAGCCGAGACGAGCUUAUAAAAUCGAAGCAUUCGCUUAGCACGACUUUUGAAAAUACCGAAUUGAAUUCGGCAUUUUUCAAUAUAACGCUAGAAAAUUUAAUCUAUAAACAAAAACAAUGAUAAAAAAUAAUAAACUAAACAAAAAAAAAAAACAUUUCAAAGGCAGCUGCCACACAAAUCCCAUGCAAACAAAUAAAAAAAAAACGACCUAUUUCAAAAAUAGCAUUUAGGCGCCCACAAAAUAUGUAUAUGAUUUGCAAUGAUAUAUAUAUAUAUAAAUAUACAUUUUUGAUCAUUAACAAGCAAAACAAAAGAACAAAUUCUCAAAGGCAGUGGAUGUAUUUCAACGUAUUACAAAUAUGAGAAUACACAAAGGCCACAAAAGCAAAUUACAGACAAACCCGUAGCGUAAAGCAGCAACAACUACAAAAA